GGAGGAUGUGCACUGAAGAGUCCUGAAAGCUCUCUGCCGUCUAAGCGGCGUCACCCUUCGCAGCCUGGGACAAAGACUCGGACGACUUCACAUAUACCCUUUCUGCCGACAACAUAGGAAGCUUUCCGUUUCAGAAACUUUACUUUUAUGUUUCUCCGUUCCAAGAAUGGAAAAUCUACACACGCCGACAGUGCCCUCAGGGGAAACCACUGCUCCUGUCACGAAUGGCCAUGCGGGGCAUCUAAGCUUUGCAGAGUUGCAGCGAAAGAAGGACGAUAUUGAGGCCGAACUCAAGGCUUUAGGAGGGGUGCUCGACUCGGUAUUCGCAAUCUUACAAAAUAACGUUAUGAUGCUCUAACAGGAUUAUAGCAUGGGGUUGAUAUGAACACUUCUCUCCUGACAAACGAUGGUUUCCCUCGUGCGGACAUUGAUGUUGCUCAAAUCCGGACUACACGAGCUCGCAUCAUUCGACUGCGGAAUGACUACACUGCUCUCAUGACCCGGAUUGAGAAAUUCCUCCAUGACCAUUUCGCAAGUCUCGAUGAGAAUGAAUCUGCGCCAGUUGCAAGCUCGAGUAACUCACAGGGCAUCUUGCUAGACUCAGUCUCUACACCGUUAGACCCUCCAUUUGCCAAGAUCAACACCGUGGCUGCAGGAAGUCCAGCAGAAUCUGCCGGUCUGAAACCUGGAGAUGAAAUCCGGAACUUCGGAUAUGUGAAUCGAGCCAACCACGACAACCUCAGAAAGGUGGCAGAGUGUGUCCAGGGUAACGAAGGGAACAACGUCUUCAUCAAAGUAUCGAGGCCAGAUGGUGUUGCCGAGCGGCAAGAGUUGCGACUGACGUUGACUCCAAGAAAGGACUGGGGUGGGCGAGGAUUGUUGGGCUGCCAUAUCUUGCCCCUAUAAGUCAAGUUGUCGCGAAAUCUAUGAUAAACCAGAAAGCCUAUGCCUAAUCACUCCGGGCGAGGUAAAUUGAUGCUUGAGGUAGAUCGAGACGAAUCAUCUUAAGGAUUGUGCUUUGGCCCAUAUCCGGUUACUGGAGUGAUUUUCAUCCAUCGCUACACUGGCUUCCUCUAAGGCCUCAAACCUCGCCGCUAUCCAGACACUACUCUCACGAGGCAUGUGAUUAGAGAAAUCGCACCCCCAAUUUGCAAAGACAAAAGUGGAUCAUACAGUACUGUACUAUGUCUCAUGCUGAUAUAACGAACCAUAUUUUGAUACAUUGUGAUUGAAUGAACUCACAAAUACGGUUCUCUGCGUAAUCUAGUAAAUCCUUAGUUUGACUUAUCAACUACUAGCAGAUGGUAGAGACCUCGACCUUUGAACCGGAAUAAAUGAAGGGAUCUAAAUAGGUAGCAUACUUAUACGAUAUGGUGCAGUUUUAGUCAAAGAGAGACAAUCAGCUUAUUUGUUUCUCCUAGCACGAGAGCCAUCAGCCUUCUGAUGGCUUCAGGGCUAGUCAGAUUAUCAUUCAACUGGAGCCAAAGAAGGCAUCAUGAUUUGCGAGAUUGUGUAAUUGGUCAAAGGCGACUUCACUGUUCACCUAUGCUACUAGUAUAUGGUCAUUUAACA